AACAGUGUGUACUGUAUGUAAUACAGUGUAGAGGUAGAAAGGGAUAAGCAAAAUAGUGGUUUCACUGACUGAAUUGCUCACUAGUUAGUCAGCAGUCGGGAGAGAAGGAAUUAUUUGAAUAGCUGCACUAAUCUCUUUAAAGUUCCCUUUUCCUGUUUCAUAUGGUUUUUGCACCCACGGAAAAUAUUUGAAAUUGCAUAUGGUUUGGAUCGGAUAAUUCAACUUAGUUUAAUACAAGGCAGUGGCCUUUGUGGAGUCUUGAUUGAUUUUGGAGACAACUGGCGGACUGAAUACCCUUAUUUAAGGGUUGAUUUUCUACACUGUAAAGAUGAAGGGGCCUAAUUUGGGUCUAUUAAUGACCCUGAUUUUAUGCGCCCUUAUUGUUGGAUAUCUUAAAGCAGAACCGGAGAAAGAUUUCGAGUUUGCUGAGGAAAAGGCUUCAUCGCUUAAAGAUGACGAGGAUUUUAUGCGUGAUCAGGAAGGGUCCGGGGAUAUCGACGGUAGUGGGGAAGUUGGCCAACCCUCAGGUGUUCCAGCUCUGUUUAGGGCGGUUAUCAACAUUACCAGUUUACAGUAUACGGACGAGAUCCAAGCCGCCGGUCGGGAUAUCGGAGGGCUUGCGAUCACUCAACAGCUGCAGACUGCCUUGCAAAACCUGAUGAAUACUUUACCUGGUGUUAUUAGAAUAAGAAUUGUAGAUUUACAGCCGGGGUCACUGAUGGUAACCUUUGAUAUUGAUACAGAUGGUCAACAGACAGAAGAAGAGGUUAUUCAGCUAUUGAAAGACAUGUUAAAUAGUGGCAGCUUUAGUGGAUACAGAACCAGUCCUGAUGGCUUUGAAUUCCGUAGAAUAAGAGAUACAACCACGUGUUCACCAAGAGUUGGACCAGUUCCGAGAAAACUCCCAACACCAUUCCCGGACAGCUAUGCUUACUUGAUGAUAAACAAUGCUUUCCCUUGUAACGGUUAUAUAACAGCAUGGAAUUUCCAACGAGAAUUUCCCGGUGAAACAGUGUUUAUUGGUGUAUUUAGACAAUCAUCCUCAACAGACUUCAGUCUUAUCGAGGCUACAGAAAUUCCACGCUUGACAAAAGACAGAUUUGAGCUGGCAAAACCGAUACUUGUUAAAAAAGGCGAUUUCAUCGGAAUUUUCAACCGUGAAGGCGACAGGGGAGGCAACUUGGCAUUCACCACAGAAGCAGGGCCAGGUGUAACGGACUUUGAACUUUAUCAAGGUUAUCGGCUUAAAAUGUACGCCAAAGAUAUCAUGACAGGAGCUCCAUUCAAGAUUGCUGACUUUGAAAAUACUGAAACAAAAGUUUUAUUUGCUGUGCAGGCUGACAUGUCCUACCUCAAUGUGCCUGUGGUAACAGAUGCUCCACCGAGGGCAUGUGGUGAUGAUGAAUGGACGUGUAACAAUGGUGAAUGUAUAGCCCUAUCUUACUAUUGCGAUCAACAAACAGAUUGCUACGAUGGUUCUGAUGAGGAAAAUUGCCGAAGUGGAUUAAAAGAAACCGGUAUACUUCUAGGUGCCUCAGGAGCGGUUGCAUCAGCAUGUAAAGAAAAUGAGUUCCGCUGUGCCAACAGUCAGCAAUGUAUCCCUCUCCAGUUUGUCUGUAACUAUGUCGACGAUUGUGGUGACAACUCGGACGAGCGCAGCUGUGGACCAGGACCAGUUAGAAUAGUAUCAUAUCGUGACAGUGGGGAGUCGGACCAGUACACUAUUUCAUGGGUUCGACCACAAGCUGGAGGUGGUGACAUUGUCUCCUACACAAUCAAAUAUAGACUGGUCACUGUAAGAAGUGGUGAAUUAACAUCAGAAGGUGCUUAUAUAAUGGAGCGUUCCCUCGGAGACGUAACACAGGUUCAAGUACAAUCAACCUUUGACAACUACAUAUUGCGUAACCUUCAGCCUGCCAGCUAUUAUCAGGUAGAGAUAAGUGCAAACAACCAGAUUGGGGCGUCGGAACCUAGGGCGUUUAUUUUCAGAACAGCCAAUGCUGGUUGCAGGCCGGGUGAGUUCCAGUGUACUGAUGGAGGCUGUGUGGAUAUCAGUCAGCGAUGUGAUAAUAUUCCCGAUUGUGCAGAUGGCUCUGAUGAGGGGCGAUUCUGUGGAACAACAUGUCCAGAAGGACUCGAGGCUUGCCCUCAACCUGAUGGGACCGUCGCCUGUGUUGAAAAAGCUAUCGGAUGUGUUGAAGUGUGUAGAGAGAAUGAGUUCCAGUGUUUAGACGGUCGUGGAUGUAUCAGCUUUUCGUCAUUUUGUGAUGGAAGAAUUGAUUGUUCAGAUCUUUCUGAUGAAGCAAACUGUGAGUGUUUGGAGGGAGAGUUCCAGUGUGUAGAAGGACGUAACUGUAUCUCGGGGACAAGUAGAUGUGACAGCCGUAAUGAUUGCGCCGAUGGUUCUGAUGAGGCCAAUUGUCCAUGCCCUUCUGGGUUCUUCCAGUGUUUGAACACACCGUCACAAGAAUGUAUCAGUACAGGAUUACUGUGUGAUAAGGUAGCCGAUUGCUCUGAUGGUUCGGAUGAACUUAAUUGUGGUUGUGAAGUCGGCCAGUGGCAAUGUGCGGACAAGACGUGUAUUCCUGCUAACAUGAGAUGUGACGGUCCAGCACAGUGUGAAGAUGGUUCAGAUGAAGUUGGCUGUAGAGCUACAUGUAGUUCAGACCAGUAUACAUGUUCUGACGGGAAUUGUGUCGAAGGGCGGAUGAGAUGUGAUGGUGUCGCGCAGUGCGAGGAUCGGUCAGAUGAGGAAAAUUGCCCUACAUGUAGGUCAGACCAGUAUACAUGUUCUGACGGAAAUUGUGUCGAAGGGCGGAUGAGAUGUGAUGGUGUCGCGCAGUGCGAGGAUCGGUCGGAUGAGGAAAAUUGCCCAUGUCGUGAAGGAAUGUUCCAGUGUAGAGAUGGUAACUGUGUUGAGGGAAGAAUGCGCUGUGAUGGAGUACCACAAUGUGAAGAUUCAUCAGAUGAAUUUGGUUGCCCUACUGAACCACCAAGUUGUCCAACUAGUGACUUCCAGUGUCAAACAGGCGGAAUUUUGGAAUGUAUUGAUCAAAGACUACGUUGUGAUGGUUAUGAAGAUUGUUCAGACGGCUCGGAUGAAAAUGGCUGUCCUGGUUGCAAACGUAAUGAAUUCACAUGCCAAAGUGAUGGCAGAUGUCUUCCAAUUGAAUCAAGAUGUAAUUCUAUCAUAGAAUGUGCAGAUAGAUCUGAUGAACUUGGUUGUGUAUGUACAGCUGAACAAUUCAAGUGUGGCGAUGGUAUUUGUAUAGAUUUAAGCCGACGCUGUGACCGCAGGAUGGACUGCGAGGAUCGCUCAGAUGAAAUAGCUUGUCCAUGUCGUUCAGGCGAAUUCCAAUGUGUGAAUGGUGAUUGUAUUAAUGAGGCUCGCAGGUGCGACGGAAGAGCUGACUGCCAAGAUCGGUCUGACGAGGCCGGAUGUCCAUCCAGAAGGAGAUGUCGACAGGGUUAUUAUCAGUGCGAUUCAGGGCACUGUUUGUCAGAAUCCCGUCGAUGUGAUGGGGUUCGUGAUUGCCCUAACGGGUCUGACGAACGCGACUGCACUCUCUCCUGUGAAGCUGACGAGAUGGAGUGUGUUGUGGAUAACAAGUGUCUGACACCAAGUCAGAUUUGUAACCGAGUGUACGACUGCUCCGACGGCAGGGAUGAACGUGACUGUGUAAGGUGUACAUCCGGGGAAUUCCAGUGUGAAUCGGACAGAUCAUGUAUAAGUCUGGCAGGAAGAUGUAAUGGACGUAAAGAAUGCUCGGAUGGAUCCGAUGAAAUGAACUGCCCCACACCAUCACCUAUCAGUGUUGUUGUCAGUCCCAACAAUCUGCGAAUCAGACAAGGUGCUGAGGCAAUUAUCACGUGCAUGGGUCAGGGGCUUCCUGCUGGAGCUAGUUUACAGUGGUUCCGGGGAACUGAAGGUUUACCGAUGCAAUCAGCUGUUGAACAAGGCAAAUUGAUGAUACCUGUUGCCAAGGUGAUGGACUCUGGUGACUACACAUGUAGAGUGGUUGGAGUUUCUGGCAAUUACCAGGCAACUGCCAGACUUGAAGUUGUUGCUAUUGGACCGACACCAAAACCGGACGAUGGAGAUGGUAAAUGUGGUAGGGACGAGGCUGUGUGUCAGAACGGACAAUGUAUCAGGAGAGAAUAUCGGUGCGAUGGCGAAGAAGAUUGUGCCGAUGGUUCUGAUGAACCAGAGGACUGUUAUUCAAACCUGUGUGAACCGAAUGAGUUUCAGUGUCCAUCAGGUCAGUGUGUGAUGAAGAUCUGGAGAUGUGAUGGUGAGAAUGAUUGUGAAGAUGGAUUUGAUGAAUCCAACUGCAUGGCCAAACAGCCUGAUGAACCAUGUGGUAGAGAUGAGUUCCAGUGUGUAAGUGGGAACCAGUGUAUUCCCUUGGCAUACCAGUGUGACCAGGAGAUUGAUUGCCUAGAUAGAUCUGAUGAAAUAGGAUGCUCACCUCCAAUUAUCACGGUGCCACCUGUCGCUGAAAUUGAGGUUGAACUUGGAGGCACAUUCACGAUAAUCUGCGAAGCAGUUGGUGUUCCGACUCCACUUAUUGUCUGGCGUCUUAACUGGGGCAACAUUCCAACUGGCGAUCGUAUCAUAACUACAAGUGAAGAAGGACGUGGCGUGUUAACUGUGCGUGAUGCACGAUACAGUGAUGCCGGCGCGUACACAUGUGAGGCGAUCAAUAAUCGUGGAAGCAUCUUUGCCAUUCCAGACGCCCUUGUGAUCGUAAGACGUCAACCAGGUCCAUGUAGUGAGCCAUUCUUCAAUUCUGUUGCUACGGUAUCUGAUGAAUGUGUAAGAUGUUUCUGUUUUGGUCACACAGUCCAGUGUUUUAGCAGUAGCCUUCAAGUGUCCAAGAUUGCUUUGGUAAAUCCAAUGCGGUUUACAAGCUGGGAGGGAGAUAACAGACUUGUACCAGUAGAUCAGACCUUUGUCAAUUUCAGACAGAGAACCGGAGAGUACCAGGUUCAAGACAUUUCAAGAGCUUUGCCACAAGGCAGUUACUAUUGGCAAAUGCCCAGAGAGUUCCUUGGAGAAAGGUUGACAAGUUAUGGAGGAGAAAUCAAGUAUACAAUCUCCUAUGAGAUUCAAGGUCGUUCUCAAUCCAGCACUGGAGAUCCUGAUGUUAUAAUGACUGGAAAUGGUAUCACUCUCUACUACAGAGCACGAACAGUGCCAUCACCUGGUGUACAAACAUCAGUGGCUGUACCACUUAUGGAGACUGCAUGGGAGAAAACUGACGGCACAAGAAGGCGUGGCGACACACCGGUAGACACACAGUAUGCCAGUAGGGAAGAUUUCAUGAUGGUGCUGGAAAACGUAGAGAACAUUUUGAUAAGGGGAAGUUAUGAUAGAACACAGACUACCAGCAGAAUUGGCGGAGUGUUCAUGUCAACAGCUGUAGAUUACAAUACAGAGUUUGGACAAGCUUAUCUUGUUGAGGAAUGUACAUGUCCAACAGGAUACACCGGAUUAUCAUGUCAGGAUUGUGCCCAGGGCUUCACUCGUAUAUCAAGAGGACAAUAUCUAGGUCAAUGUAUAUCUUGUAACUGUAAUGGACACUCAAAUGAUUGUGACCCAGUUACAGGACAAUGUCUGAACUGUCUACACAAUACAGAGGGACCACAGUGUCAGAUAUGUAAAAGUGGUUACUAUGGAGAUGCUAGAAGGGGAACACCCAAUGAUUGCCAGGCAUGCCCAUGCCCACUUACAGACAGAGCCAAUCAAUUUAGUCAUUCUUGCUUCUUGGAUUCUGACAAUGAGGUAACUUGUGCCAACUGUCCGGCCGGUUACGAGGGUCGUAGAUGUCAGAGAUGUUCCGAAGGAUAUGUUGGUGACCCUAUGACCCCGGGCAGCUCAUGCACUAAAGUUGAAGUUGAAGAUUAUUGUGAUCCACGAGGAAGUUUGUCUACCCAGCCCAACCCUGUCACAAACAGAUGUCAAUGUAGAGAUAAUGCUGCAGGUGAACGAUGUGACACAUGUAAGGCUAACACAUUCUACUUGAGCAGUACGUAUGACCUUGGCUGUGUCCAAUGUUUCUGUAUGGGUGUAUCAAAACUUUGUCAGAGUACUACAUGGAAUAGAGCUCAGGUUGGGUUGUCAUUCACUAGAGACGAGGCUGGUGUAAAGAUUACCGACAUGAAUGGCAAACCUCUAUCAGACCAGAGACUGCUAACAACUGACACUAGUAACCGGGAAGUGAUUUACCGAACCAGAGAUUCGAAUGAAGACACCUUGUAUUGGUCACUGCCAACCAGUUUCCUUGGUGAUAAGGUUACUGCCUAUGGAGGUUCGCUGAGGUUCACUUUACGAUACAACUCGCGCCAGGGCCAGGAAGUUGCUGAAGCCGAACCUUUGGUCAAGAUUUCUGGUAAUGAUAUAACACUGAUACAUAGAGGAGCAUCAGAUUUCCAGCCUACACGACCAACGGCAGUGAGUGUGAUGAUGUACGAGCAAAAUUGGUACAGAGUUGAUGGUGAGAGGGCAACAAGAGAACAUUUAUUGAUGGCCUUGGCUGACCUUGAUUCCAUCCUCAUUAAAGCUACAUUUGAGAAACCGCAGGUUGAGACUGGAUUACGAGAUGUAACACUGGAUAUUGCUGAGAGCAGACAAACACGACAGGACCGAGCCUACGCUGUCGAGAGCUGUCAAUGUCCUGUUGGUCACCGUGGACUAUCAUGUGAGGAUUGUGAUACGGGGUACACAAGAUCCGGCCGUGGUCUCUACCUUGGUCUGUGUGAGCCGUGUAGGUGUAACGGACAUUCCAAUGAGUGUGAUCCUGAAACUGGAGUUUGCAGAAACUGUCAACAUAAUACAGCAGGAGAUAAAUGUGAGUUGUGCGCUGUUGGUUACUAUGGUAAUCCUACACAAGGUAGACGUGAUGAUUGUCAGAGAUGUCCCUGCCCACUUACAGAAUCUCCAAAUCAGUUCAGCCCGUCCUGUAUCCUGGAUACAGAUGGUCAGGUGACCUGUACUGCCUGCCCAGCCGGACACACCGGAAGAAGAUGUGAAACAUGUGUACAAGGAUAUCAAGGAAAUCCACUGAAACUAGGAGAUUAUUGUAGGAUUAAAACAGGACCAACUUGUGAUUGUGAUUCUCGUGGUAUUGUUCCUAACACACAGUGUGACGAAAUUUCCCAACAGUGUCAAUGCAAGCCAUAUGUUCAAGGUCUACGAUGUGCCAGAUGUAGGGAGGGACAUUUCUAUCUAGAGGCCAAUAAUCCCCAAGGUUGCCUCACAUGCUUCUGUUCCGGUAUAACAAACCAGUGUACUAGCUCUAACUACUACAGAGAAGCUCUUCGACCUGUACUUGGAACUGAUGGCACUCACAACUUUGUAUUGAUGAAUAGACGUAUGAACAACAUCAUAAGUGAUGGCUUUGUUGUUGACGCUAAUCGUAAUCAGGUAACCUUCAACAACUUUGAAGGUGUACAACAAGAAAGAGAGAGCUUAUUCUUCCAGCUUCCGGCCAAGUUCCGUGGUGAUCGGGUCACAUCAUACGGUGGUUACCUGAGGUUUACUCUAGAGUUCUCUGCUAGGCCAGAAGGAAGAACUUAUCGUGAUGUGGAUUUGGAAAUAAUUAGUACCGGACAAGCCCUGAGACUGUACAACUUGUUUGAGCCAGGAUUACAGGAGGGUAGAACACAGACUUACGAAAUCUUGCUGAGAGAGAGCUCAUUUAACGACCUAAGAAGUAAUACCGCACCAACAAGAGAAACUUUCAUGACAAUAUUGUCAGAUAUUGCUGGAAUAUUGAUCCGUGCCACAUAUCAUCAGAAAAUGGCCUCGGUCACUCUGAGAGAUGUCAGUAUGGACACAGCUGUUGCCUCACCAACCAAUCUUGGUGGUGCACCAAUGGUAGAGGACUGUCGCUGUCCAGAAGGUUAUACUGGACUCUCAUGUCAGCGAUGUGCUGAUGGUUAUCUCAGGGUAUCUGACGGAAGAGGCGGUGUUGGACGUUGUGUAAGAUGUAACUGUAAUGGACAUGCUACAUCAUGUGACCCAGAUUCUGGACGAUGUCUGGGAUGUCAACAUAACACAGAAGGUGAUCGUUGUGAGAGAUGUGCCACUGGUUUCUAUGGUGAUGCUACAUCAGGCACUCCCAAUGAUUGUCGUGCUUGUCCAUGCCCCCUUACAAUAUCUCCAAACCAGUUUUCACGAACAUGUUACCUGGCAGAGGAUAAUCAAGUCACCUGUGACAGAUGUCCAACAGGAUAUAGCGGAAGACAAUGUGAAGUUUGUGAUGAAGGCUAUGUUGGAGAUCCUACCCAGCCAGGAGGUUCUUGUAGACGCCAGGACACAGACUUGCGCCCAGGUGUUAAUGUAUCCCCUGUCAGAGUGGAGGAACCAUUGGGCUCUACUGUUGUUUAUCAGUGUCAAGUGACCGGUGAGGGACCAUUUAAUGUUGUAUGGAGCCGACUGGACAGUAGACAAUUACCAGACAGAUCGACGGUCAGUCCCAGAUAUUCUCUUACUAUCCGAAAUCUAGAGAGAGAUGAUACUGGCAGAUACAUAUGUACUGCUACAAACAGAUACGGUGUUACAAGACGGGAGGUUGAACUUAUCGUCAUUUCUGGACGUCCAUCUCUCCAAGUCAGAAUUGAUAAAACACGUCUAGAGAUAGAAGAAGGAAGGUCUGCUAGAUUUGUAUGUACCAUAGUUGGACAAACUAGAGAGAUGACAUACAUUCUGUCAUGGAAUAAACAAGGAGGCCAAAUGCCAGCCAAGGCAAUAGAUCAGAAUGGUGUUUUAGUGAUACCAAAUGUUCAGAGGAGUGAUGCUGGAAACUAUGUGUGUAUGGGAUCCGACAUGAACUUUAUUGAUGAAGCUGUAGCUGUUCUCAUUGUGUCUGAAGGAGAAGAUAAAGCGCCAACUGUAAGAAUUGAACCAAGAUACCAGAAAGUCGACGAAGGCUCUCGGGUGCGUUUCACUUGUAUUGCAACCGGAGAACCGGCUCCUAGGAUAGAAUGGUACCGUGGAAACAACAGAGAGAUGAACCCAGAGGCCACAAUCACGAGUGAUGGAGUUUUCACAAUUCCUCGUGUAAGACAAGAGGACGAGUCAGAUUAUUACUGUAAAGCUACAAAUGACCUUGGCACGACAGAACUCAGGACAAUUCUUUAUGUAACAAGAGUUGAGAGACCAGAGAUUACAAUCAUUGUAAGACAGACUAAGUACGUAAGUAUCAUCGGAGAAACUGCUCGUCUUGAAUGUUACACGGAAGAUGCGACCGGUAGAGUUACGUUAUUCUGGUCUCGGUCUAGUGGACUACCUUCCGGAUCAUCACAAGAUAACGGUAUCCUGACAAUUCCGAAUGUUCAACCAAGCUAUGCUGGUAACUAUGUUUGUACCGGAACAGACAGGGAAAGUGGACGUGUUGGUACAGCAGUAGCCGUUCUUGAUGUGCAGAUUGAGGAAGAAAAUGUUCCUCCUACUGUAAGCCUGGAACAAGAAAAGAUAACUAUUCCAAUGGGAACCACUGGUACUCUGCGUUGUACAGUGACAGGAAAACCAGAACCAAAGAUUACAUGGCUCAAGUCUAGGGAAGACCUGUCAUCCAAUCACCAGGUUAAUGGUAAUGUGCUUAGAAUCACCCAGGCAACGAUGGCUGACCGAGGUAUUUAUGUGUGCCGUGCCGAAAAUGCCGCUGGUUUAGACCAAGAUUGGACUGUUGUUGAAGUAGAAAGACGCAUGAGGCCAAAGAUUGACCUUUAUCCUAACACAACUCAGCGUGUGGCUGUAGGUAGCAGUGCAUUGUUCCAGUGUAGAGUUAUGGAUGGUGAUCCGCCACCAAGAAUCUCAUGGUCCAGAGUUGGAGGCACCCCUAUGCCAGCAGACAAAGUGGAGACAAUGGACAAUGGUGUAAUCAUGUUUAAACAAGUAAGCCAAGCUGAACAAGGUGGUUAUAUUUGUACAGCAGAGAAUGAGAUGGGAUCAACCACAGCUACUGCAACACUUAUUGUAGAAGGUCCACCCACAAUAACUAUCCAGCCUAGUAAAACAGUGUACGCUCUGAUUGGUCAGCGUGUUACACUUGAAUGUACAGCAGACGGCGACCCUAUUCCAUCUGUAUACUGGAUAGAACCAGUACGACGUGGCCGUGGUGAUGUUCCCCUUGAAGUUGACCCAUCCACCCCGGAACGUUCCUUUGCAGGCACUGCAAUUGUUGAUAUUGCAAGUGUAGAAAGGGACGAUCAGGGAACAUAUACUUGUGUAGCUUCAAAUACAGGUGGACGAACGGAAGAUAGAGUUCAGCUUGUUGUACGUGAAGGGGAAGGCAGGGGAGUGUCUAUUGGUGGUCCAAGCACAUUGUCAGUGGUUGAGGGACAAAGUGUAGAACUUAUCUGCUCUGCCAAUGAUUUGAGAAACCCAGUAAUACGUUGGCGACGUCGUGAAGGUCGACUGCCUGCAGGUCACAGUGUACGUAACGGUGUGUUGACGCUACCAAGAUUCAGAUCGGAGUAUGCUGGAGAAUACAUUUGUUCUACAACUGUUCAACAACAAUCUUACGAAGCUUCAGUUUUCAUUAUCAUCACAGUUGCGCCACGUCUCACAAUAUCACCACAGCGUAUCACAAGUCGUGCCGGAGAUACCAUACAGUUACGAUGCACAGGGGCCGGUAGCGGACCUUUUAAUAUUGAAUGGUCAAGAAUUGGUGCUCAGAUGAACCCAAGUGCAACAGAACGAGAUGGCGUUCUGGAAAUUCGUCAAGUGACAGCAGCUGAUGCUGGCAGGUACCGAUGCGUUGUCCAAAGCAGUUCUGGAAGUCAAGAUGGAUACGCCCUCGUAGAAAUCGAAGUUCCCCCAUCUAUAGUGGUAGCACAACGAGAUGUGUACACGGAGGUUAACAGGAUUGUUAGAUUACAAUGUGACGUCACUGGAAGUCCUCCCCCAGUAGUGAGAUGGGAAAAAGAAGGAGAUCAGCUUCCUUCACAACAUAAAAUACAGGAUGGAGUUCUUACAAUCUAUGGUGUACAAGAAGCCGAUGCUGGUAGAUAUAUUUGUUCAGCAUCUUCCAGUGCUGGCUCGUCCAGAGACUAUGCUGUCCUUCAUGUUACCAGUAUUGAUGAUGGCCGUGGAGAGAAUGUUGAUACACAGUACGUCAAUGUCGGAGACAGGGUUUCCAUGGAGUGUAUUGUUACAGGAACACCUCUGCCAACUAUCACAUGGUCAAGGGAUGACGGACCGCUUCCAGCAGACGCUAUUCUUGGUGAUGGUAUUUUGAUCAUUCCUCAGGCUAGAGUGGAAGAUGCUGGUACCUAUACCUGUCGGGCUGUAAAUGAGGCUGGUUCCAUCACCUCUAAAGUUAUUCUCUAUGUAAAAGGGUACAACAGGAUAGGCUAUAAUGUUAACAAUCAGUAUUCUCAGCCAUACAUUUCGGCACCUUCUGCUUCAACAGCUGCACUUGGUGAUAGCGCUAAACUUGUCUGUGAUGCCACUGGUUACCCGUCACCUGAUAUCACAUGGUUCAGGAAGGAAGGCGAAAUGCCAAGUGACUACAGAAUAGUUGAUGGAGAUCUGUUGAUUAAUCGUGUCAGACCAGAAGAUGCCGGAACUUAUGUUUGUCAUGCCGAGAACGAGUACGGUGGAACUGAUUCACCUGUCAAUCUAAAUGUGAAUGACCUUGUACCGUACUUCUCACAGAACCCGAACUCAUACAUUUCUUACCCAGCAAUGAAUGAUGUCUACCUCGACUUUGAUAUACUUCUCUCGUUGAAACCAGAGUCCACAGAAGGUAUGGUAUUGUACAAUGGCCAGUUUGAGGAUGGAGGUGGAGAUUUUGUCUGCUUUGGACUUAAUGAGGGAUAUCCUGAAUUCCGCUUUGAUGUUGGAUCAGGUCCAGCAAUUAUCAGGGGCAAUAAAACACUUCCUCUUAAUGAAUGGCACACAAUUAAACUGACUAGAGACAGACAGAAGGGUUCCAUGAUUGUUAAUGAAGAACCAGCAUAUACAGGACAGUCACCAGGUUACUUCACCGGCCUUGACCUCCAAGGUAACAUGUAUCUUGGCUCCGUGCCAAAUUAUGACAAUAUUCCCAGAGCGACUGGAUUCAGGGAAGGAUUUGUAGGAGCUGUCAGUGAAGUUAAACUAAAGGGUGUGGAUUUAAAUCUUGGUGCUGAAGCUAUCGAUAUGGAGGGAAUCGAGCCAUACAAUACAUGUAGGAGAAACCCUUGCAUCAACCGAGGCGUGUGUUCCGUCGCUAAUACAAAAUAUGGCUUUAAAUGUAUAUGCCCACAGGGAUAUAUGGGAACCCGUUGCGAGGAAGUCGGUGAAAACUGUUACCCAGGUGCAUGUGGAAGAGGCAGGUGUUAUAACCUAGAGGGUCGUUCAGGAUUUAGAUGUAUCUGUCCACUUGGAAAGACAGGAAUGGGCUGCCAAGCAGAUAUUGCCAUUAUCAACCCAUUCUUCAACAGGACAUCCUUUAUAUCAUACCCACCAGCAGAGGCAUCAUUGUUUGAUUUACAGAUCCAACUGGAAUUCAAACCUCAGUCUUAUAGUGACGGUAUUAUCUUGUAUGAGGGUAAUGAUGAAGAUGGAACUGGUGACUUCAUGGCCAUUGUUCAGAAAGACGGAUAUCUAGAGUUCAGAUUUGACACUGGUUCUGGUCCAGCAGUUCUCCGUAGUCGUAGUCCUCUCCGUAUAAAUGAAUGGACACGUGUUACAGCCACACGGAAAAAUCGUGACGGCACACUCGUGGUAAAUAAUGAACAGCCAGUCACAGUGAAGUUGUGGGGAAUGUUAAAUGACCAGCCACCGGUAAUAGCUGCACCAGCCGCAGCCGAACCGGCACGAUACUACAACUACUACAAUCACAAAUUGAAACGUUACCGUAGAGGUACAUCACCUGGCAGUACAGUGGGCUUGAACCUGAAACUGCCCUUGUACCUAGGAGGACCGAACCCCACUGCUGUAGUCUCAUCAAAUACUGGUGUCACUCAAGGUUUUGUUGGAUGUGUAGCCGAGCUGACAGUGAAUGAUGUGAAAAUAGACCUGUUGAAUGAUGCUAUCGAAAGCGCUAACAUUGUGGAUUGUGGAGAAAGACGUCUGUGUGCUCGUAACCCAUGUAAGAAUGGUGCCACUUGUGAAGAUCUUUCAGGACCAGACUUUAGAUGUAUUUGCGAAGAACGGUACACUGGUAAGACCUGCGAGGCCGAGAUUAAUAUCUGUUUGACUAAUUCUCCAUGCCAAAAUAACGCCCCAUGUAGUAUAACAGAUACUGGAUAUAGAUGUGACUGUCUUAUAGGAUAUUCAGGCGAUAACUGUGAAUAUGCAAUAAAUAUAAAUAGCCAGUUUUCAUUUGCUGGAGAUGGUUUCAUGGAAUUCCCUAAAUCACUUUUACCUCACGCAAAGACACAAGAAAGGCAGACCAUUUCCUUCAACUUACGAACAACACAAGAAAACGGUCUAGUAUUUUGGCAGGGUGAACAAGGAGGUCGACCUCUAAGAGGUGGUGACCAUAUCUCGAUUGGUCUGAAAGGAGGAUAUAUAGAAUUUAGUUAUGAGAUGGGCAGUGGUCCAGCAAUGAUUAUGUCAAGGACAAGGGUAAAUGAUGGGAAGAGUCAUACGAUCUCUGUAGAACGACUUGGUCGCUCUGGUAAUCUCAAGGUCGACAAUGAGGACACAGUGUAUGGGGAUUCGCAAGGUUACCUUCAGAUGUUGAACGCUGCCGGGAAUAUUUAUAUAGGUGGUGUUUCUCUACCAGAAAAAAUGACAGACAGCAAAUAUGAAGACAAUUUCAUAGGAUGUAUAGACACUGUUACAAUUCAUGGCAAAGAACUCGAGUCUAGAGAUGCUUUAAGUGGAUAUAACGUGCAAGCAUGCUCGACACAAAAUUAGAAAUAUUUAGUUAAGAAAAUUUAGACAUUUUGUUUUUUAAUUUGUUAUAUGCUGAGAUUUUUUGUUGUUUAAUGGAUGAUGAUCUGGAGACUUGGUUGAGUUUUAAGGGACAGAUACAAACAAUGGUUUCACAAAGAAACUUGACAGCAGUUUACUUGGUAAGCUGUCCAGAGAUUAGGAAUCUACAGUGCAGUUCAUUGUAAAAUUAGUUUCAGUAAAUCUGAUAUACAUUAAGAAUUUGUUUGUUGAUUAUUGUUUGAAAUUUUCUAAAAAAAUCUUUAACAGCAUGAUGUUGUUUUUUGUUGGCAACUUCAUUGCUUUAUUAGGGUAAACAGUUUGAUUUUGAUUUUCUAAGAUUAAGAUCUACGUUAGUCUAAGCACGUUAAUACAGGUACGCAGACAAGCUGUGGUGUCUGGGUAGUAACGUGUGUAAUAUUUGUUACGAAAUAAUUAUUAAACUCUUUAUUUUUAACAUUUAUAGAAUACAUGCAAUUUCAGGGGAUGUUUUCAUCUUUUAGUAAGGAUAGAAUAAUGUUUUAUUUGCCAUUAAGUGGUCUUAACUGCAGAUAUAUCUAUGCAAUGUACUUUAAUUCACUUUUUUUGUUUUUGUAUUUUAUGAAAACAUGAAUGUGGUCAUACCAGUGCAUUUAUGAAGUUUCAUGAUAUUUCACUUAUUUUGUCCUUUUUUGCACAAAGAACAUUUUGGUGAAAAUUCAUAGCGUUAAGUAUUUCUUUCAAAAUCGGAAAUAAAUUAAAUCUAUACAUUUUUGGAAAAGAUGAUUUAUAAACUGGCUCUUUGUUUUCUUAACAACAAAAAUUAAACAUUGCAAAAAAUUAAGUUGGUUGGUCUUGACUUUUUUGCAGUGCACUGAGAUAUUUUAUAUUAUAUAAUUUUGAUCUGUGACCUGAUAGGAAAAAUGUUUUGAUAUAUGUAAAUACAGCGUGAUUUCGAAAUCCAUUUUUUUCUCUCUUUUUUUUCCGACGAAAUGUGUAAAUUCUGCCAGCUGAGACCAAAGCAUGAAUGAAAUCCAUGUUGAUCCUUUGUCUUACAAUUUGUUACUGUGAAUGGAAUUAUAUCUGUUUUAUUAAGGAAAAAAGUAUAAAGUGGAUUUUAAAUGAUUUUAUUUAAAUUCUUAUACUAUAUACAUUUUUAUAGUUUUUUUCUUUGUGUUAUUUUAAGUGUACAAAGUGUAAUUAGAAGCUUUUUAUACCUUUAUAAUUUUUUAUUUAGUCUUUUUCAUUCCAUUCUUUUGCAUACUUGUAGACCAAAACAAAAAAAAUCUAGUGCUUACUGCGUUUUAUUGUCUAUUAUAAAUUUUCAUGUAAAUGAUUUAAAGUAACAUGAUGCAUUGUAUAUAAAACAAUAUUUUAAGAUUUCUGAACCAAUGAAAAAAAACAAAGUUAUUGUACAAUGUGAUGUAAAUAAAUUUUAAUAUCUAAAACCUUGUUAAUGAUUUUUUGGUUUGAGGUUUUUGUCAAAAAUAUUAUCGAUAUAUGUAACUAAGAUUAUUCUUGUUCAAUUUCCCAAACAUUUUUCAGCAUAUGUUACCAAAUCACAUAGUCAUUUCAUCACAUGUGCAGUAAAAUAUUGUUUUAGUUUACAGAAUCCUGUAACAUACUGUAAUUUAUACACAAAACUAGAGUCAUGUUUUGUUAUAAUGUGUCGAGUAUAAUGUUUAUAUAAUUGACGUCACAUCUAGUAAAGUAUAAUUUACUUAUUUUCUGGUAACAUAUAAUUUACGUUACUUUCUGGUAACAUCAGAAUUUAGGUUACCAAAAUUGUUUUAGAGACUUUGUGAUGUUACACAUUACUCAGAUUGUAAAUGGCCAGUAGAGAUAAGCAAUCAUGUUCAUUAUUUUACAGAUAUAUUGCGAGACCGUGCCUCUCGUCCCAUAUCUUUCAAUAUAUUGUUUGAAAUUCAUUCGGGUAUUGUAUAGAUAGAUACUCAGUAACUGGCGAAAGGGAUUGUACUUGAUAUAUGACAUUAUUCAUAAAAUAAUUAAAAUGCAAAAGGUAAAAAAAGCUUUAAACGAGAAUCACUUGCCUUGAUAUGUAUAUAAAACACAUUAAAACAGAAUUACCUGAGUAAUUUUUUUUGUGGUAAAAGUUAAAAAUGAGCCUGAUAAGAUUUUAUUCUUUAAAUUUGACCGUGAAAACUUAUUUUUCAAAAGUGCCAUGCUUAUAUUAAACUCUUUAUUUUGCUUCGCUUACUUUGACUGUCCUUUAAUAUUUUAAGACCUAUAGUAUUUUCCAUGAAAUAAGCUUUGCAAUAUCUCUGAUUAUCAAGUUUUACUUUAUAGUUUAAAAUGCCAUGUUGAUAUUUUCUUUGUUAGGACAUCAAUUUUGUUCAGUCCAGCAAUAUAUUGGCAACAUUUUUUUUGACAUUUCAUAAGUUAUUGAUAGCCCCUAUUUGUAAUUUGUGACUAUUCCUGCUCUAAACUGAACAUAGUUCAUUUGAAUACACUGUGGUGAGGUGUUUUUAAAAAUCAAGUUUUUUUUACAAUAUGAUAUAGUAUUCCGUAUUUUGGGGGAUUCAUUUUUAUACAAGGUAGAUGGAAAUAUGAAAAUACAGUGCCAGUAAAAAAGAGAAACUCUUCAUACCUCUUUUAUAUAUAUAUAUAUUAUAUUAUUUUUGUUUUGUUCUGCUGAAUGUAUUUCAUAUUUAAACUGCUUAUUAAAGGAAGAUUUAAAUGAUAUCUUAUAACCCUUUAUGUUCCGAUUGUAUUUUAGUUAAACAAUAUUACAUAUAUUUGAUGUGUAUGUUCAUAUAUAGUUUAAUUUCUGGAGGAUGUAGCAAUUCACAGUCAUGCUUUUUCAGUGGACUGGACACGAUAUUGGAACAGAACAAUUUCAGACCAAAAGAAAUACCAGAACAUACUUCAUGUGAUUACAUAUUUUCAAUAAUUUUAUGAUGUAGCCAAUACUUUAGUAUGAAGGUCGGAAUAUGUCGUGGCUGAUACUUUAGUAUGAAAGUCGGAAUAUGUCGUGGCCGAUAUUUUAGUAUGAAGGUCAGAAUAUGACAUAAUCAAUAUUUUGGUACGAAGAUCAGAAUAUGACAUAGCCGAUACUUUAAGUAUGAAGAUGAGAAUAGGGUGAGUAUUUACUCAGAUUUCUGCAGCACAGCAAUAAAUUGGCUUUCAAGUUUUUUUAUCAGGUUAUUAUAAGGUGUUACAUUUUGAUAUUUUCAGGAUAUUAAAGGGUUACUAGAUGUUGAUUUAUGUGACCAUAAUGAAAUGGCCUCAAGUAGACUAGUAUUGUAUCUUUCAUGUUCUAUGCUAAAUAUUGAAAAUUUCACAAUAAAAUGUUCAAACUUUA